AUGCCAGCAGAUGGUUUAUGUGCUGACUUAACAUGUGACAAAAAUAUAAAACAUUUGUAUGAAUGUCAUUGUUGUUCAAGUCUUAUUUGUUUAAAUCAUUUAAUUGAACAUGUUGAAUCAACACAGCGAAACAAAGAACGAUUUGGUAGCCUUCGAAAUGAAUUAAAAACAGCUGUUGAUUCAUUUAACGCUAUUAUUGAAAAGAAACUACUGAAUAUUGAACGUGAAAAGAAUCUGAUUGAGCAAGCACAAAAACUACUUGAUCUAGAAAAUAGUUCAAUUGAUGAAAUUCAGAUUAUUUUUGAAGAAAUCAAACAAGCCAUUGCAUUCAGUCAAUUUGAUGGAAUUGGUAAAGUUGGACCAACAUUACCAAAUACAAAAAACUGUUCUUGUAUUUGUAAAUGUGAAAAUCAAAACGAUGGAUUAUUAUUGAAAACAACUCCACCACCAUCAGAAUCUCCUGUUCAUCUGAAUUCAACAGAUGGAACAAACCGAUCAAUGAUCACAACAGACGAUGAACAUUCAAUGUGUGAUACCAGUGUCACUCUUGAUUGUAUUUUGCUUGACCGAACAACAGCUACUAUCGAAGAUAGCGAUGAUGCUAAUAAGCAAAAUAGAGUUAAAUCAAUGUCAACCAGAUAUCCACAAGGUUUUUGCCCAUUAACAUUUGAUGGUGCAUUUGGUCUUACAGCAGCGAAUCAUUCAGUACGCUUUUGUUCAAACAAAAAAAAUCGUCCAAUAGGAUUAUAUUAUCAUUUUAUAAAUAAACAUGACUUGCAACCAAUAGAUGCUCGACGUUUACUGGAAGCUAUUUCAAAUAACGAUGAUCCAAAAACAACAAAAAUCUUCUAUGAAAAUGAAGAUGUCAUUAAUCAUUUAUAUAAAAUUCCAUGUCCCUUCAGUAAGGAUAUAAUUCAUUUAUUUCGUGGUUCUACAAAGAACAUUCAUAAACUACCAUGUCACUAUUUACGAAUGCCAGCUUAUGCAUUACGCCAUCAUUUACAAUAUUAUCACCAUGUUACUCCUAGUGUAGCACGAAAACUAAUUGAUCGAUCAAAGGAAAUUCAAAUGGAAAAUCAUAUUUGA